GAAAAUUUUUACAUUAAUUGUCUCUUUUUUAAAACCAACUAAUUUAAUGAAACCAAACAAAAAUACUCCUAUUGAGGUUAAUUCAAAAAUUUAGCCAAAAGAACUAAUAACGAACAAACAAAGAGUUAUAAAAGCCACACGUGUGGCGCAUAGCCUGCGCAGAUAAGGUCCUUCUCCUUCGUCUUCCUUAUUUCUUCUCUCUCAGUUCCAAAAUUCCUCAAAGCUCAGAACCAAAAAAAAAACUAAUAUGCCAGGGAAUUUAGAGCCGUUGGAUCUCGGAAUCCAAAUACCAUACCAUUUCAGAUGCCCAAUCUCACUCGACCUAAUGUCCGAUCCCGUUACCAUCUCCACAGGUCAAACCUACGACCGCACCAGCAUCGACUCAUGGAUCGCUAUGGGCAACACCACUUGCCCCGUCACACGCGUCUCUCUCUCCGACUUCACUCUCAUCCCUAACCACACUCUCCGCCGUCUCAUCCAAGAAUGGUGCGUCGCUAACCGCUCCAACGGCGUUGAACGGAUCCCUACUCCUAAACAACCUGCGGAUCCUAUCUCCGUUAGGUCUCUACUCAGCCAAGCUUCCGCAAUUACCGGAACUCACGUCUCUGUUCGCUCCCGCGCCGCCGCGAUUCGUCGUUUGAGAGGAUUGGCUAGAGAUAGCGAGAAGAAUCGCGUUUUGAUCGCUGCUCAUAACGCCAGGGAGGUUUUGGUCAGGAUUCUGUUCGCCGAUGUCGAAACGACGUCGUCUUCGUCGGAGCUUGUUUCUGAGUCGCUCGCUCUCUUGGUUGUAUUGCAUAUGACGGAGACGGAGUGUGAGGCUGUAGCUUCGGAUCCGGGUCGGGUCGGGUUUUUGACUCGGUUGUUGUUUGAUUCCUCGAUUGAAAUUAGGGUUAACGCCGCGGCGUUGGUUGAGAUGGUGUUGACCGGAUCCAAAUCGACGGAUCUGAAAUUGGUGAUUUCCGGAUCCGAUUCGAUUUUCGAAGGCGUUCUCGAUCUUCUCAGGAAUCCGAUUUCUUCGCGGCGAGCUUUGAAGAUCGGAAUUAAGGCGAUAUUCGCGCUCUGCCUCGUGAAACAGACGAGACAUCUCGCGAUCUCCGCCGGAGCUCCGGGGAUUUUGAUCGACCGUCUCGCGGCGGAUUUCGACAGGUGCGAUACCGAGAGAGGUUUAGCGACGGUGGAGUUAAUUCUGUCUCAUCAGACGGGGAAGAAAUAUGCAAGAACCUCAGAUCUAUUUGGUGGUUCAACUUUAAUCGACGGUUGCAUACCACCGCCGGCCACCGCUGCUACAGUAAUAAGAAUGAAGAAGAUGAUGUAUUUACGAAUUUGCCAUUAA